UAUGUUGUAUGAGUUGCACUAUGUAACCCAAAUUACAGUAGUGCUUCAAAUCAGUAAAAUCAACAAAAAUCAGGAGCAUUAGGAGCCAAUAGAAUAAAUACAGCAUGAAGUUUAAACUGCAGUUUUUUAUUAUAUUUUUACUUUUAAAAAGUUCAACAUACGCGAAACCUAAUAUUCUUUUCUUAGUUGUAGACGAUUUACGACCUUCUUUACAAGUUUAUGGUGAUCAAAACUCAUAUACACCCAAUAUAAAUAAACUUGCUGCAAAGAGUUACUUAUUCACAAAGGCUUAUGCUCAGCAAGCUCUUUGUGCUCCAAGUAGAAACUCAUUUUUAACAAGCCGAAGACCAGACUCAUUGCAUUUAUAUGACUUUUAUAGCUACUGGCGAGACGUCGUGGGCAAUUUCACGACAAUUCCUCAAUUUUUCAAAGAAAAUGGCUAUCACACUUAUUCAAUAGGUAAAGUAUUUCACCCUGGAGCAUCAUCAAAUUGGAGUGAUGAUAGUCCAUACAGUUGGAGUAAAAAACCAUAUCAUCCUUCUACUGAAAAAUAUACAAACGCAAAAGUUUGUGUAUCCUCUGAUGGAGGCCUGGCUAGGAACCUCAUUUGUCCUAUAAUACUAGAAGAACAGCCUCAAAAAAUUCUCCCUGACCAACAAUCAUUAAACGCAGCUAUUAAAUAUUUGGAAAUCCAAAAAAAUAAUUCUAAGCCUUACUUCUUAGCAGUUGGAUUUCACAAACCCCAUAUACCAUUCAAAUUUCCAAGUGAAUAUUUAACAUUCCAUCCAUUGAACAAAAUAAAAUUUCCGAAAAAUUCGUUUCAACCACCCUUGUUGCCCAGCGUUGCUUGGAAUCCUUGGACGGAUUUGCGAAAAAGGGAUGAUAUUAAAAAAUUAAAUAUUUCUUUCCCGUUUGGUAGAAUGCCUAAGAAUGUCACGUUAAAAAUAAUUCAAAGUUACCACGCAUCUCUUACAUAUGUCGAUCAUCUCAUCGGUAAACUAUUAGAAAAAGUAGAUAAAAAUACGAUAAUCGUUUUGUUUGGUGAUCAUGGGUGGUCUAUGGGUGAGCAUGGUGAAUUUGCCAAAUAUAGUAAUUUUGAAGUAGCUGCUAAGGUACCAUUGAUUAUUAGGGUACCAAAACUUAACGAAGGUCACAUAAUUAGUCAUGAACUGGUAGAAUUAGUGGAUUUAUUUCCCACACUCGUACAUUUGUCUGGUUUAAGUAGUGGUAUGCAAACUUGUCCAAAAGAUAAAACAGUAAAACUUUGCACGGAAGGAAAAAGUUUAGUACCACUAAUGGUAUCACUUGCUCACGGACAGGCAUAUGAAGGAAAAAAGGCAAUCUUUUAUCAGUACCCUAGACCCGGAACUUUUCCCACACAACAUCCAAACAGUGACAAGCCUACAUUACAUGAAAUAAAGAUAAUGGGAUAUUCAAUCAAAACAAAACAAUUUAGAUAUACUAUGUGGACUUAUUUUGACAACGAAAAGUUUACUCCAAACUGGAAGAAAGUUUAUGCUACCGAACUUUACGAUCAUUUGUUUGACCCGGAAGAAGAAAAUAAUUUAGCUGGAAAAGCGAGUCUGUCUAAUUUGGAAAAUUCAUUAAAAACAGCACUCAUUAAGGGCUGGAGAUAUAUUUAACUAAUUUUUAGGGUUCGGUACAUCAAAAGAAAAACUGAUAGGAUCACUUUUAUGUCCGUCCGUUUGUUUGUCUGUAUGCCCUUCAAAAAUAUUAUCAUCAAAAUAUUCAAUUUUGAGCUAAAGUAACAUCAUAUGGUGUAAUUUAGGAAAAAGUCUAAGAUCACAAAUUUCAAACUUUCAAUAGAACCAAUCGGUGUAUAUUAUUUGGGUAUCAUUUAAAAGGAAUUGAGUACAAACAUAUUUUUAUCAUAAUUUUAAGAAAAAAGAUAUUACAAAAAAAUAUUCCAAUAUAUAUAAUUGAUGUGGUCUGGCCUUAGAAAUUAAAAAGUAAAACAAUAAUAAACUACAGUAUACCUACUUAAUUUUUUUUAUUUUUGCUACUGAUAUUCAUUCUCUACCGUACAUUUACUGAUCAAUAUUUCAAUAAUUACCCUAUAU